CGCCCUGGACGAGUUUUACUAGGAUGAGAUUCGCGUAGCUCGCAGAUUCAAGGCGUUCUCACUGCGGGAAAAGUCUGAGAGCAAGCUCAUCAGAACAUGCGACGCCUGUAUGGAAAGCAUUUUGCGGUCAUCUUGGGUGAUUGGAGCGACGCUGGAAAGACCAUGCGCUUUCAGGAGUCAUCAAAGACCAAAGGAUUCCGCACACUCUUUGCAAGAAACAGCAUUCCAUGCUACUUGCUAGAUGAGUAUCGAACGUCGUCCGUGUGCCCCGACUGCCACGGCCGUGUGAAGAAAAACGUCCGACGCCGGCUGUCAUCUCGGCCAUGGCAAGCUAGACAGGGAAGAAUGGAAUUCGUCCAUGGAUUGGUGGGUUGCCCCAACCCCGAAUGUAUCAACCAAGACUGGACGCCAUUUGAGAUUCCUGGGAGACAACCACUACGGAUGAAAGUGCACAAUCGGGACGUCCUAAGCACCAAGAAUUUCCUCUCGAUUGUGCGCUCGGUGGUGUUUGGCAAUGGCCGCAGACCAGACGCAUUCUCCCGUAACCGGUAGUCUAGAUUUCACCCCAUCCCAUUUUCCGUGGUGGUUAUCUGCCAUCCACAUCAUUGUACCUCUGCCUGAGGCGUCGCCGAUGAUGGCAACUUGUA